UUGUAGAUUGUUUUAGAUUUUUUUUUUUACCAUUGCGCUUGGAAAAAACAAAAUGCCACUUUUGACUUUCCCUUCUCCGGUAAGUCAAGACAAUGUUCACAUGUAGCGUGCACCGAACGUUCUUUAUCAACGCGAUCGUUUCGGAGGUUUCGGGGCAAAUAACGCCAGUUUGCUAUGUCAUAGCCUAACUAAACUUACAUAAAGUGACAACAAAACUUAAGCAGUGCUUGUAGGUUUGUAUUUACACGUCACCCCAUGUUUUGAGCGAAUUUUGAAGCAUGCUUUGUUGACAAGAGAAACGAUGUCUGUUAUCCUCGAAACCACUGUUGGGGAUAUUGUGGUGGAUCUAUUCACAGAUGAACGCCCCCGAGCAUGCCUGAAUUUUCUGAAGUUGUGCAAGAUCAAGUUCUACAACUAUUGCCUUUUCCAUUCAGUGCAGAGAAACUUCACUGCUCAAACAGGUGAUCCACAAGGUACUGGAAAAGGUGGAGAGUCAGUUUUCAGGGUAUUAUAUGGUGACCAGGCAAAGUUUUUCAAUGCUGAGGCCAAGCCACAACUAAAGCAUAAAAACAAGGGCACAGUUUCCAUGGUUAACAAUGGUGACAAUAUGCAUGGCUCACAAUUCUUUAUCACCCUUGCCGAUGGCCUGGACUACCUGGAUGGGGAGCACACAGUGUUUGGUGAGGUCUCUGAAGGUUUUGAUGUCUUGGACAAGAUUAAUGAAGCUAUUUGCACUGAUGAAUUUAGACCCUACCAGGAUAUAAGAAUCACUCAUACUGUCAUUCUUGAUGACCCGUUUGACGACCCUGAAGGGUUGCCCAUUCCUGACCGUUCUCCCGAGCCAACCAAGGAGCAACUGGAGAGCGGACUAAUAGGUGCAGACGAGGAGGUAGACGAAACUAAGGGCAAGACCAUGGAGGAGAUAGAAGACAUGAUUGAAGAGCGAGAGGAAAAAGCUGGUGCACAGCUUCUUGAAAUGAUUGGUGAUAUACCAGAUGCCGAUAUCAAGCCUCCGGAUAACGUCCUUUUUGUCUGCAAGUUGAACCCUGUUACCACUGACGAAGACUUGGAAAUUAUCUUCUCAAGAUUUGGGACCAUUCUUAGUUGUGAAGUGAUCCGAGACCAGAAAACAGGCGAAUCUCUACAGUAUGCAUUCAUUGAGUUUGAAAAAGACGAGGACUGUGAAAGAGCGUACUUUAAGAUGGACAAUGUCUUGAUUGAUGAUCGACGAAUUCAUGUAGACUUCUCCCAAUCUGUGUCAAAAAUCAAAUUGCAAAUGAGAAAAGGAGCCCAGCCACCCUUUCCAGAUAAAAAAGAUGACAGGCCUAAAUUUUCCAUCAAGGAUAAAGGCAAACGUGACAAAUAUGACCUGGUCUUUGACAACAAUUCAAGUGACGAUGACCAGCCGAUGAAGAAGAAAAAAUCCUCAAAAAAUGAUGACAACAGAAAGUCAGAGAAAGAGAAAUACAAAGAAAAAGAUCAAAGGUCAAGGGAGAGAGAUGAAGACGGACACAGAAAGAGAGAUCGGGAUAGAAGGGAUGACAGGGACAGGAGAGGGGAGAGGAACAGAGAUAAGGAUAAAGAUCAUAGGGGUGACAGAAAAAGGUCUGAUGACGAUAGACAGGAGAAAAGCCGCAAGAGCAGACGGUCCCCUUCUCCGUACCGAUCACGUGACCGAGAUAGAAAACACAGAGAUGACAGGAAACACAGAUGAUGGCAUGUGAUACCUGUGUGGAGCAAUACUUGUCUUUUUAUAAACACUGUUAAACAAGACUUCACCUACACGUAACCUUGGAAGAUUGGCAUUCCUGUGUUUGGCAGGCCACCUAGGACGAUUGGGAUUCCUGUGUUUUCCAUAGCAUCCCUAGGACGGCUGGGAUUCCUGUGUUUUCUAUAGGCUUCCUUGGGAUUCCUGUGUUUGCCAUAUUUCUAUGAUGACACUUGGGAUUCCUGUGUUUGGCAUGUUUCGUAUGACGAUUAAAUUUGAUUGUGCUUGCCAGGUUCCCUAGUAAAUAAUGGCCACGAUGGGUAUCGUUCAAUUUAAGUUCUCAAAGGACGAAUGGAGAAGUGUAGCAGCCUGCUCAUAAGGCCUAACAUAACUGCCUGGAUUACCUCAUAGUUCUAAUGUAUUUAGUUCUGUUGUUUUGUUUCCGAUUGUUGUGUCUGUGGUGCAUCAAUCCAAGGAGGUGGAAUCUUUUGAUAGCCACUACAUGACCCGAUCAUUAUUUUUUUAAACAAGGGACUAUUCUGUUGCCCGUGCGCAUUUCAUUGAGCGAUUUGGCGAUCAAAAUGGCGGAUGUGGAAUGUUAUGACAAAAACUCGCACUGUUUCUUGACUGUAGAGAUAUCUUUUUUGACCAGAAAAUUCCCGCAGAAGGCAAAGAUAAUGUCUGUGAAGUAGUUUCGCUCGAAUCAGCGAUUGCCGGAUACCGUUUUGCGUGCUAAAUAUAACCAUAAAGAUGCUAAACAGCUAA